CAUAUUAUAUAAACCUCUGCUUCUUUUCUCUACUACAACACAUUCUCAUGCUUAUUUGCUAAUACACACAUUCUUCACUUAUAUAUAUAAAUAUACCUCUCAUCAUCUUCUCUAUAUACAAACAUUCACCACCUUAUUAUUAUUAUUACUCUCAUAAUCACAUCUCUCUGUUCUCUUUCACUGCUUUUGUAUUGUAGCAAUCUCAAGGAAAGGAAAUAUGACAUCAACUCAAAUUUCUGAGAGGUCAUCAACAUCAAUGGAUAUGGAAUCAUGUGUACCUCCAGGAUUUAGAUUUCAUCCAACAGAAGAGGAACUUGUAGGGUAUUACCUUAACAGGAAGAUUAACUCACUCAAAAUUGAUCUAGAUGUUAUUGUUGAGGUUGAUCUCUACAAAAUUGAACCAUGGGAUAUACAAGAUAGAUGCAAAUUAGGAUAUGAGCAACAGAAUGAGUGGUACUUUUUCAGCCACAAAGAUAAAAAGUAUCCAACAGGAACAAGAACUAACAGAGCCACUGCUGCUGGAUUCUGGAAAGCAACUGGAAGAGAUAAAGCUGUAACUUCCAAAAACAGAAUUAUAGGAAUGAGGAAGACUCUUGUUUUUUAUAAGGGACGUGCCCCUAAUGGAAGGAAAACUGAUUGGAUUAUGCAUGAAUAUAGACAUCAAACUUCUGAACAUGGCCCUCCACAGGAAGAAGGAUGGGUUGUGUGCAGAGCAUUUAAGAAGCCAAGUCCAAGUCAUAGGCCAGGUUAUGAACCAUGGUAUAGUAAUACUAAUCAACAACCACAGUAUUUCAGAGAUGAUCAAAGCUAUGCAACUACAAGACCUUUAUCAAUCACAGAUAUUUUACACGAAAAUCGUUUACUCCUUCAACAUAAUCCUACAGCUGAAGAAGGUACAAGUUUUAGUCACCACUUUAGUAACAAUGAUCAACAGUUUCUAUCAAACCAAACUACUCUUGUUAUGGACAACAAACAACUCAUUGAACUUCCACAGUUAGAUAGUCCAACAACAAGUUUUGCUAUCAAAGAAUGUAAUCAAAAUGGAUUCAUCACAAAUGAAGAUCAAUGCAGUGAUGAAAGGAGUAACAAUGGAUCACAAGUAAUUGAUUGGAAAAGUUUGGAUAAUUUGUUCACUUCACAUCAAUUUACAGAUACAACUAAUUACUUUUCAAAUCCAUUGAUGAUGAUACCUCAUAAUCAGCAUGAUCAAGCUAAUCAUAUAUUAGGAUGCUUUCCUGAUUCAUAACUUGAGUGACAUUGAUAAUAUUCAUCAUAUAUUAUAGCUAAUAAAUAAAAGUAUCUUAAGUAAGAUGAUAUGGAAUCAUUAUAUCUUAGUUUUCCAUUUCAUCUUACUAUAAGCUAAUUUAGAAGUUGCUGAUAUUAUAUAAUUUUUUUGUGAUAAUGGAGAUUCACUUGAAGAGUGAUUUAGCUCCUUAAUAUGUUUAGAGUUCAUAAUUUUUUUUAUUUCUUUUGGGUACCAAUUAUAAGUUUAACUUUGUAUUAUGUGUUAUGUAACUCCAAAAUGUACAUUCUCUUUUUUGCAUGCAUAGUGUGGCUUUAUACUUUGCUUUAAGCUAUUUUACAUCAUUAUCUUCAUUUUGUGAAAGUUGUUAUUAAUAUAUUUCUUUUUCCUUU